AUGGUGACGAAGGUGAUAGACAUACGGGAUCCAGAAGAGCAGAGAGAAUGCAAUAUCAUCAAUGCUGCAUCUAUCAAACAAGACAAGGACACAGGGGUGUGGAGGAUCUUGCGUCAAAAUGCGAAGGAUGGGACUAUCGAGGAGAUGGUCUUCACGAUCACGGGCGCCAUAUUCGCAAUGGAUAUACCACCUGUAAUGAAGGAGACAAGAGAUGACGAACCACUAUUUCAGACCCAAAAACAGUUUGAACAAAGAGGAAGGAAACCUAUUGCAGCCAAUGUCGACCCAGCGGGUGUACUCACCAAGAUAGUGCAGCGGAAGUUGAUCCACACCGAAGAAAACAUCAUGUGCUACUUCAGAGAAGGGAGGGAAGAAAAGAUACAUGAUGGUAAAGCCACAGACAUUCUGGUGAGUGAUACAGAUGAAGGUAUCAAGGACAACGUACUGAUCAGACUUAUCCACAGAAAGCCAAUUUGGACAGGAGAAAUGUGGAGAGUAUGCCGGCUCCAGCUCAUGCGGAUGAAGAGGAAGAUAGGUUUUGAGGAAGAUGAAGAUGAGGAUGAAUACGCGGAACGACGCAAAGAGAAAUUGACAUUAAGAAAGGCAACAAACAGGGGAAACAAACAAAAAAACAACAGAAGCUGCCAGCAACACAAAGAAGCAGCGAUGAAACAGAGCUGUCGGGAGAAAGAGGAUGAAGCCGGGAGAAAAAGGGUGCACGAAUAG